AUGCACCAAAACCCCCCUUCUUUAGCCAAUGCUCUUGUCCAUUAUGUAACAACAAACAUCACCCCACAGCAAACCCUCAAAGAAAUCUCAGUCUCAUUAAGGGUUCUAGAGAAAAAGUCGCCUUGCAAUUUCUUGGUCUAUGGCCUUGGCCAUGACAGUCUAAUGUGGACAUCACUAAAUCAUGGUGGCCGCACUGUUUUCCUGGAAGAAGACAAGGCUUGGAUUGAGCAAAUCAGGCAGAAACUGCCAUCUUUAGAGUCCUACCAUGUGACAUACGAAACCAGAGUGCAUCAAGCAGAUGGGCUCUUGGAAAAAGGAAUGGGAGACGAAUGCAAAGUUGUAGGUGAUCCAAGAUUCUCCAAGUGUCAGCUUGCCUUGAAAGGGUUCCCUAAUGAUAUUUAUGAUAUAGAAUGGGACUUGAUCAUGGUGGAUGCACCAACUGGGUAUCAUGAUGAGGCACCAGGGAGAAUGAACGCAAUCUACACGGCUGGAUUGAUGGCUAGAAAUAGAGAGAAUGGAGAGACUGAUGUGUUUGUGCAUGAUGUUGACAGAGUUGUGGAGGAUAAAUUCUCCAAGGCUUUUCUUUGUGAAGGAUACUUGACUGAGCAAGAAGGGAGGUUAAGGCACUUCAUUAUUCCUAGCCAUAGAGCUCGUUCGGGUAGACCUUUUUGUCCUGAAUGA